AGCAUGACUUCUCUCUGCAGGGAGCAGGUAUUUAGUCUGCCAAGCAGCUUGUGCUGCCCUGGUAUGCGCUAACCUGGCAUGUCUGCUAAUCCUCCAUGAAAUACAUAGCAGCAGAGCGGCACACAAGGGACGACAUCGCACAUCUCGAGCAGGUGCAAGUAAAUUCGGAUUCCAUCUGAUCGAGGGAAAUCCGCUCACUCACAUCCUGGCAAGCCGUCUGCUUCACAGAUCAACUCAGGCCACCAUGAGGUUCGAAGAGCUCCUUUCUGAGGUGGGUGGAUUCUCUUGGUUCCAGCUGAGGAUUGUCCUUCUGCUUUGUAUCCCAAGAAUCAUUCUGCCCUUCCAUUUUCUUCUACACAACUUCAUCUCGGCGGUGCCAUCCCAUCGCUGUGCACUUUACCCAUCAGAGAAUGCAAGCACCUUCUACACGGACGCGGAGAAGCUGAAGGGAAGCAUCCCGAGAGAAGCCGACGGCUCUCUUAGCUCCUGCAGAGCCUUCUUGCCACAGCAGUCCACUAACACCUCUGAAGGACCCUCAGCACUUCUUCCUUGCCAGUAUGGAUGGGUGUACGAUAAAAGCCAAAUGACAUCCACCACAGCGACUGAGUGGGAUUUGGUGUGUGAUAAUAAAACACAGAAUCAGGUCCUGGCAACGUACUUCUUCAUUGGCGUCACCCUGGGAGCGAUCAUUUUUGGAUAUUGCUCAGAUAAGUUUGGACGGAAGGCGAUGCUCCUGGUGUCGCUUGUUGCUUCUGCGAUUUUUGGGACGAUGUCUGCCUUCUCAGUUUCCUACGUGAUGUUUGCAGUAACCAGGACCCUGUGUGGCGUGGCCUUGACUGGCAUGUCGAUCAUUUGCAUAGUUCUAAGUCUGGAGUGGAUUGAUGUCAAGCAUCGCACUUUCACCGGGACAAUUAUUGGGCUUUCCUGGACCAUGGGCAGCAUGCUCCUAGCCUUGGUGGCAUAUUUCAUCAGAGACUGGCGGCAUCUGCUGCUUGCCGUCACAUCGCCUUGCAUUCUUGCUAUAAUCUCCUGGUGGUGGAUCCCAGAGUCAGUGAGAUGGCAAGUGACCAAUCGGCAGAUAACAAAAGCCCAUAAGCAACUUUUAAAUUGUGCAAAAAUGAAUGGGAAGCACCAGUUUGCAUCAAGCCUUACCACAGAGACCGUAAGCAAAAUAACCUUUGCAGAAGAUUCCAUCCAAAACUAUUCUUAUGUGCACCUGGUGAAGACCCCCAAGAUGAGAAGACUUGUGUUUUGUUCUGGAAUCGUAUGGUUUGGUGUCGCAUUGUCUUAUUAUGGAAUCAGCCUAAAGAUAUCUGGCUUUGGAGUGAAUAUAUAUCUCACUCAGUUCAUCUAUGGCGCCAUUGAGGUUCCUGCAAAAUGUGCCACUUAUUUCGCGUUGAACAAAAUAGGGAGAAGAAAAGGUCAAGCUUGGUCUCUUAUUAUAACUGGCAUAUUAAUUGGACUAAACACGCUGAUUCCUGCAGAACAAGGAUGGAUUCGCACUUUCAUUGCCGUUCUUGGGAAGGGUUUCUCCGAAGCUUCCUUUACUAUUGCCUUUCUGUAUACAGCGGAGCUUUUCCCUACUGUACUCAGACAAAGCGGCCUAGGCUAUACCUCGUUUAUGGGCCGUAUGGGAGUUUCUUUAGCCCCUCUGGUCAUAAUUCUAGAAGAUAUAUGGUCCUCCUUGCCUUCUGCCAUUUUUUCUACUGCUGCCAUUUUGUGUGGAUGUACAACGUUUCUUCUUUCUGAAACUCACAAUUUCCGAUUGCCAGAGACAGUAGCGGAUGUGGAACAAGACAAGCACAAAGUGGAUCAGGAUAUUCAGGAAGAGAUCAAUGGAAUUCCCAUGAAUUCAGUCAUCCAGUCUGAAUUACUGUGACAACUGAGAGGAAGAACAUUGGCGAGAAAGAAGGCCUCUUCACCUUCAAGUUUAUGGUGCUUAUACCACAAUGGCUGCCAUCAUGAUGAAUUUGGUACCUCCCAUCAUCUCCGUUGGCUCCCGGUUAUGGUAGCAAUCAUCCAUCAUAGUUACAGGAUGAACUUUAAACAAAACAGCUACUGAUUCGAUCCCCAGUGCUUUAAUAAUAUUAACUUCACCAGAGAAAAGCAUUUUAUAUAUUUGUAUGUGCCACCUUGAACUCCUUUAAUCUUUUUAUAACUGAUAUUCCACAUGUUUGGAAUCUUUCAAGUUAGUUACUUUUUCACAAUCAGGGGUUGCAUUAAUUUGGGGCAGUAAAUUGGGUCCUUAAAGUGAAGUUUUUUGUUUUUUUUAAUUUGAGGUGAGACACAAAAAUAGUUAAAAAAAAUUAAUGAGUUACAACAUUCUAAACAUUGUCACCUUCUCUAUACUCUGCCUCCCUCCCGAUCUCUACACCUCUCCAUACGUAUCUUCCUUUGAUUGAAACAGUGCUGGAAGUCUUCUUGCUAGAGGCUCUUCAUCUUGCUUGUGUUCCCUUCAGGUCACUUUUGACUUUUGGGAACAAGUAAAAAUCACAGGGAGCUAAAUCAGACGAAUAGGGAGGAUGAUCGAGAACAGGAAUGUUUUUGUCAGUCAAAAAGUGCUUUAUGGAAAAAGAGAAAAUUUGUGAGAAAUUUGAUGUUGAUUCGCUGUUUGAUUUUUUUCACCUGACAUUAUCGCAGCAACUUGUGUAGUGAGUGUCGUGCCAACAUUAAUUAGGCUAUUCACAGGAUAUAUCGAGCCGGUCAGUGGUUUGAGAAGGCACGUAGGAGGGGAUAAAGUUCUAUGAUUCACAUCUGGCCGACCUCCAGGCACAAAUACAACACAGGAAAAGUCCCAAGCCCAGCCCGGUUAUUUUUGUGUCUCACCUCAAAAAUUUCAAAAACUGUGCAUAUGGAGUCUAGAAAUCACCCAAAACAAACAUGAAAACAAAAGCCUUAAAAAAUCUAUCAACAUAUAUCUACAUAAAUAACCUGCUUACAGCAGGGAAAGUAAGUAUUGAACAUAUCAACGUUUUUCUCAGAAAAUAUAUUUCUAAUGGGGCUAAUGACAUGAAAUUUUCACCAGAUGUCAGUAACAACCCAAGUAAUCCACACAUACAAAGAAAUCAAAACAAAUAAGUCCAUAAAUUAUGUUUAAUAAAGUGGGAUGAUACCGGGAAAAAGUUUUGAACUUUUUACUGAAAUGUAUUUAAUACUUAGUAGAAAACCCUUUGUUAGCAAUGACAGCUUCAAGACGCCUCCUGUAUGAAGGAACGAGUCACAUGCAUUGCUCAGGUGUAAUUUUGACCCAUUCUUCCACACAAAGUGUCUUCAAAUCUUGAAGGUUCCAGUGGCCUCUUCGAUGAACUCUGAUCUUCAAUUCUUUCCAUAGAUUUUUCAAUUGGAUUCUAAUGUCGGCUGAUUGACUGGGCCAUUCUAACAGCUUUAUUUUCUUUCUCUGAAACCAAAUGAGAGUUUC